AUGGCGUUUUUGCAGCUAAAUCCAAUUUUCUUGUCCCUCUUAUUAUUAUCUGCCUUUCUUUCUUUCUCUUUUGUGGUCUCUCAAACUUCCAAGAACAUCACUCUAGGCACUGCCCUAACUGCUGGGGAAGACGACGACUCUUUCUUCACUUCACCGUCUGGUGACUUUGCAUUUGGCUUCCAACAAAUCAACGAAGAUGGAUUCUUGCUUGCCAUCUGGUUUAACAAAAUACCAGAAAGAACUAUUGUCUGGUCAUCCAACAGACAAAAUCUUGCUCCUAAGGGUGCUAAACUUGAGCUAACCUCAUCUGGUUUGUUCCAACUUGUUGAUGCUAAUGGUAAGCAGAUUCCAGAUGCUAUCCCUUCAUCAAGAAAUGGAGUUUCUCAUGCAGCCAUGCUUGAUUCUGGCAACUUUGUGUUGAUUGGACAAAACUCUCAGAAUCUAUGGCAGACCUUUGAUCAUCCAACUGACACAAUCUUACCAGGACAGGCUCUGAAUCAACCUGCUCAACUUGUUGCACGCUAUUUGGCUACUAACUAUUCCACAGGAAGAUUUCAGCUUAGAUUACAAACUGAUGGGAAUCUUGUGCUUUACACAACUCGUUUUCCACUGGAUGAUGUAAAUUUUGCAUAUUGGAGUACUCAAGUUUUUGGUUCAAGCUUCUCUUUGGUGUUCAAUCUAUCAGGCUAUAUAUUCUUACGUGCAGAUAAUAAUGGAAGUAUAGCGAGUACAAUAUCCUCAAAUGCUCCAUCUACACAAGAUUUCUACCAGAGAGCUAUUCUUGAUUAUGAUGGAGUCUUUAGGCACUAUAUCUACCCCAAGGAUGGAAGAUCUAGUGCUGGAAUGCCGAUAGCUUGGUCAACUUUGACAUUCAAACCUCCGGAUAUUUGCUCAAGUGUUCGUGAAAAUUCACGAAGUGGAGCUUGUGGUUUCAAUAGCUAUUGUAGAUUAGAUGGGACCAAUAAAAGUUGCUAUUAUCCAUCUGGUUACAGCUUCAUUGAUCCAAGUGAUGUGAUGAGAGGUUGCAAACAAGACUUUGUUUCACAGAGUUGUGAUCAAAGUACUUCUUUAGAAGAAACAAAUCUGUUUGAUUUCAAGGAGAUGCCUGAUACGGACUGGCGAUUGUCUGACUAUGAACACUUUGAAUCUGUGAGCGAGGAUUGGUGCAGAUAAGCAUGCUUGAAAGAUUGCUUCUGUUCUGUUGUUAUCUUUAGAGAUAGAGAUUGCUGGAAGAAGAAGCAACCUCUCUCUAAUGGAAGAGUGGAUCCUUCUGUUGGAGGCAAGGCUUUGAUCAAAAUAAGAAAGGAUAAUGCUACUUUGAGUCCCGAUGAUAUUGAUAGAAAGAAUGAUCAAUCCACAUUGAUUAUUGUAGGUUCCACACUUUUAAGUAGUUCAGUUUUCUUAAACUUGCUUUUAUUAGUAGCAGCUUGUGUGGUUGCAUAUAGAGUUGGAUACAAUAAUCCUAAAGAUCAAGCUGUCCAAUUCACAUCAACCAUGAACCUCAGAAGUUUCACUUAUGAAGAACUUAGGAAAGGAACGAAUGGGUUCACAGAAGAACUUGGUCAUGGUGCAUUUUCUAUUGUUUACAAAGGUUUUCUUCCAGACAUACCAGGAAAUCACAUUGCUGUGAAAAAAUUGAACAUGGUAAAAGGAAGUGACCAAGAAUUUGAAGCAGAAAUGAGUGCCAUUGGUCGAACACACCAUAGAAAUCUGGUGCAACUUUUGGGAUUCUGCAAUGAUGGAGAUCACAGGCUACUUGUGUAUGAAUUCAUGAGUAAGGGAACUUUAGCAAGCUUCCUUUUCAAAGGUCAAAAGCCAACUUGGCAUCAAAGAGUGCAAAUUGCAAUAGGAACAGCUAAGGGGCUCUUGUACUUGCAUGAAGAGUGCCACAGUCAAAUCAUACACUGUGAUAUCAAACCUCAAAAUGUCUUGCUUGAUGACGCUCACACAGCUAAAAUUUCAGACUUUGGUUUAGCAAAGCUCUUGAAGAUUGACCAGACCGCAACUACAACAGCAAUAAGAGGAACUAAAGGGUAUGUUGCAGCUGAGUGGUUCAAAAACAAGCCAAUCACCAUAAAGGUGGAUGUUCACAGCUUUGGAGUUAUGUUACUGGAGCUUAUUUGUUGCAGAAAGAAUUAUGACAGUAAUGUUGAAGAUGAGAAUAAGAUAGUGCUAGUAGAUUGGGCAUGUGAUUGCUUUCACUAUAGGAGGUUUGAAGAGCUAGUGGAAGAUGAUGGGGAAGCUCAGAUUGAUAUGAAGAGGGUAGAAAAGUAUGUGAAGAUUAGUAUUUGGUGCAUUCAACAUGAUCCAUCACAAAGACCCACUAUGAAGCAAGUUGUACAGAUGCUUGAAGGAUUCGUGGAUGUGCCAAAUCCUCCUGAUCUAUCAUCCUUUACAAGUUCAGGGUAAGCUUCAAACCCAAAAAAAAAAAAAAAAAAAGGUGUCUGUCGACUUCGAUUAUCUUU